UAAGGCACAUGCCUGCAGAUGGCGAGGAACGGUUUGUAACUAAAGCAGACCCGAGUCUCAGGUUUGUGAAUUCUUUUAUACCUUUUACCUACGGGUAGGGGCAGUGCGGUAUUUACCAAUAAUCUAAAUAAGCUAAGGUUUAGGGCCUCAUAAUCUGCCAGGGCCUCCAAAAAAAAAAAAAAAAUCCUUUAAAGUAUCUUUUCCCUGUAAUUUUUCUUUCUUAUUUAGCUAUAUUUCUUUAACCUAUUAUUUAUUUAUUUUUUUUUACAUUGUGUUGGAUUAAAAUUUAAAUGUUCGCAAGUUAAACUUGUAUAAUUUCAUGGACUAAAAGCCGGCUCGCUGCUUGCAAUUUUGAGCUAUAUGGGCCGUUUGUCAACCUCUAAAUCUAAUGAGGAUGCUAUAUCGAAGGGGGUGGGGGGUCUCGAUACCAACUUAUUAAAUGCCCUUUCCAGACUUGCCACGCCUAUGUUUGUCUGCUCUUUUCUACGUUUUUAUGUUUUUGUUUUUGACUCCAGACUUUUUUUCUUAUCAAUUAUUUCUUUUAACUUAAAGUGUGUAUUACAAUAUAUUUUGUGCAAUGUUUAAUGGUUUUGAAAAAAAGUUCAAACUACAUUUCGAUGAUAUUGAAGAAGAAGUCAAGUCUAGAUUUGCUGGAGUAGAUGGUAGAAUAUAAUUCCACAGUGAAAAGAAAGAGGGUGGGAAGGAACAAAAGCAAAGCCAGUGAUGGAGCUGCGCCUGAUUCAGAUGAGCAGCUUUCUCCAAGUGACCGAUUCAUAGAGAAUUCCUUCAUUCUUGUCAUAGACAUACUUGAGGCAAAUAUAACGAGAAGAGCAACAGUCUACAUUUAUGUUGCAAAUACAUUUUCAUUUCUAGUUGAUAUUAAGAAUUAAUAGUUCCAUCCUAGAUCUGUUUUCCAAUAAUUAAAAUAUAAGCUUCAUUUGCCACGGGCAGCUUUGCCAUCCUGUAUCCUUGGAUUUAUUUGAGUAGACAAGAACUUCGACUGUUUAGCUCGUAUGAUCAUAACAAGGGACUGGAACGUAAGGGUCGGGGUGGGAGGGUUGACAUGUAGGCAUGGACACGCUACAGUGUUUACUACGUGAGACUGUGUGUACAGGACUAUAUACAGGUGUGGCAUGGGAAUAUGUGUAAAGGUAACAGAGAAUUUGUGUAGGACUGACCGGUACUUUGUUUAGGACUGACAUGCAAUUUGUGUAGGAGUGACAGGGAAUUUGUGUAGGACUGAUCAGGAAUUUGUGUAGGACUGACAUGCAAUUUAUGUAGGAGUGACAGGGACUUUUUAUAGGAGUGAAAGGGACUUUGUGUAGGAGUGACAGGGACUUUGUGUAGGAGUGACAGGGACUUUUUAUAGGAGUGACAGGGAAUUUGUGAAGAGUGACAGGGACUUUUUAUAGGAGUGACAAGGAAUUUGUGUAGGAGUGACAAGGACCUUUUGUAGGAGUGACAGGGACUUUGUGUAGGAGUGACAGGGACCUUGUGUAGGAGUGACAGGGACUUUUGUGUAGGAGUGACAGGGACUUUUUAUAGGAGUGACACGGACUGGGUGCAAGAGAGACAUCCUAUAAAUAGCUGAUAAUAAAAGUCGUGUCCAAACAAACUGAAGAGACAUCAAGAGAGACAGCAAAGUCAUCAAUCUAAAUAAUGAAUUAUAAUGGGCCUGGAGAAAGUCACAAACUUUGACGUUCAAUGUCGUACCGAAAUAAUUGUAUUAAAAAAAUGACACAUCUCUUUAUUCACGACCCUUCCACCAGCAAAUGUUACAAAGACACACAACCCCGGCCGGUAACGAUCAGAUAACACCAAUAUAGAAAAUGUCGUUAAAAAAAAAAGAAUCAAAUUUUAUGAAGAGAGAAAUAAAAUCUGUCGCUUGAAGCUUACUUGGCAACCAUUUUUAUGAGGCUACAAACUUUACUUGUUGGUAUAUUUUAUGAAAUUAAUCAAUUUCUCUGUUGUAAAAUUUGGUAAGGUUCACGACGGUCUACAACAGCGGUUCUCAAUCUGUGGGUCGCCACCCAUUUGGAGGGUCGCACGACCCUUACCCAGGAGUCGCUUGACCGAGACCAUCAGAAAAUACAUAUACCCUACAGUUAUGACAUAGUCGCCAUAACAAUGUGAACUGUAUAAAAGGGUCGCGGCAUUCGGAAGGUUGAGAACCACUGAUCUACAAGAUGGGAGUGUCCAUGAUAUUUAAAAAAGAAAAAGAAAAUGAGAACUCCGUUCCAUACAAAGCCAAGAGUCUGUUCAAAAUGACAAUUCACUGCCAAGAGCUCAUCAACUACGCCAUUCCGCUCAGCUGUUUGUAAAGGUCUUGCUAAAGACUUAAUUUAAAUGAACAGCAAAAAAAAACCAAAAAAAAAAUUAUGUACGUUGAAUGAAAAGAAACAAACAAAUUUUCAUUUAUUAGGAUCAAUCAAAGUAUCUUAUCUUAUCUUAUCUUAUCUUAUUUCAUCAGAGAUAAUAAGUAGAGACGUUGUUCCACUUGAAUUUCAUGAUUAUUCAUGGAUGGUAUUGGACUUAAAAAUAUUUGUUUACGUUGUUUUAGAAAAUUGUAGGAAUUUUACAAUAAGUGCAUACGUGGAUAAGGUUUUACGAUGGUUCUCUCACGACUAUCGUUGCAAAAAGUGAAAGAUAAGUUGUGCUCAAGCCAAUUUUGGAGAGAGACAGGCGUUUUAGAUUUGUACAAAUGGCCGAUUUGUCAAUGUAGUUAAGCUCAUAUCUAUUUCUGAAUCAGUUUUUGAAACAAAAUAUUUGUUAAUGACCAAUGUCUCGUAUUACUUUGGCCUUAAAUGAUUAGAUUACAUUACGGGGGAUACGCUCUAGAGAUGCACACUAGACUUAAUGAUCGUAUCACUUAAAACAAUAUGGCGAUAUCUAUGGGGAAUGAACAUGUAAAUUGAGCCACUGCAUUAGCUGUGCCCACAAAGCCUCACACUGACCCAGACGGGGGGGAGGGCAGGGGGGACAGAUGUCCCCUCGCUACUUUUCCAACCUGAGGUGAUGGUAUCUUGAGCAAAUUCAUGAUCACCAAGAUGACCAAGGGAAAUUACUAUCGGUAAUUGAUAUUGAACAAAUUAAUAACGCGAUCAAGAAACAGGAAUGCUACAUUAAUUUGUUCCCCCUUCUUGUAUCUAAUUUAAUACAAAGAGUAUGGACGUUCACAUUUGCCAGAUUUUUGUUGUAAGAAAUUGUGAAUUGGUUCAGUUGGAUGAAAUGAAAGACAUUUGAAUUCUUCAUUUCAUACGACGUAGGCCUACUUGAAACCGCACAUCCAUCCAUCCAACCAUCCAUCCAGCAUCCAUCCUUCCAAUCAUCCAGCCAUCCAUCCAUCCAAUGUUUGCAAAGCUAAAUGUGAAUGUAGAAAAAGGUUUAUUUAUAUGUAACAAUAUUUAAAAAAAAAAAAUUGUUUGAUAGCUUACACACAGAGCCGUCAGAAGGUGAUCUCGUCUUCCUGCCGGUUGCCAACCACGAUGCAUGGAUCUAUUCCGCUCACUUCGAUACACAGCCAGAAAAUAUUAGCAAGGCCCUCGUCCGGGUGUUCGGUGUAGCCAGAUACACCAGUGACCCAGUCUUCUGCCACUUUCUAAACGACGAACGUAAGGUCAUCUCGGGUCCCGGACAGAGGAGGUUCAUCAGAGACGCGCAUAGUAAAAAGUAAGUUAUUUCUUAGAUUGGGAAAAAAAGUAAGUUAUUUCUUAGAUUGGGGAAAAAAAGUAAGUUAUUUCUCGCAUGGUACAAAAGUAAGUUAUUCAUUGCAAGAUAAAAAAGUAAAUUAAUUAUUACUUGCUUUAUAAAAAGUAAAUUAUCAGUGAGAACUCCUUCAACAAGUGCAUUUUGGGUAGUCCCGUAGUUGUUCCUCUUUUGCACACUAUGAAUAGUAUUACAAUGUUUGCCUAUGCUUUUUCGCUUUGUCCCAAGAUUUCCACAGAGCCUUGCAUAUCACUUUUCUGGUUCCGAAGAAAUUCAGACCCCCCCCCCUCCUUUAAUGACUUUUUCUUUUUUGUGAAGAGUUUUAUAUUUAUGAUAAAUUUGCAUGAAUGUUUCAUAAAAUCUUGACAGCAUUCAACGUAUGUGUCAUAAUAUCAAACAAAAUUAUUAAAAAAAACAAACAGCAAACAAACUAAUAUUGCAUCUAACAUACUGCCCCAUCUCUGCCUCCCUCAGAUAUGUAGCAGCUUUCUUCGAUUGUCCAAUUGGCCCACUGGUCAGCCCAAAGUUCGUGACCGUGACCUACAACAAGACUGACGAGCCUGCCCAUUGGGUGGCGAUCCACCACCCGAGGCCGCUGGCCCGGAACUUCACCGUGUGCUACGCCGCUUUGUUCGACUACAACAGAACAUCGCAGCUCAUCCAGUCGAUCGAGAUCAACCGGGUUCUGGGAGCUCAGCAUUUCUACGUGUACAACUACAGCGUCUCACCCGCUACGGACGCCGUGCUGCGUCACUACCAGAAGCUCGGUCUUCUCACCGUCAUGCAGUGGCGACUCCCCACUUUGGAGGUUUGGUACUAUGCGCAGAAUUUGGCCAUCAACGACUGCGUCUACAGGAACAGAAUCGCGUCUCAGUUCGUCGUCAUACAGGACACGGACGAGUUCAUUAUACCCAAGCAGCACGACUCGUGGGCGGAGCUCUUGCACGCCGUCCAGUCAGAGUUCUACCACCGGCCGAACAUAACCGCAAACACCCCCCUGGCCUCGUUUGUCGUUGAAACUACUUAUUUUCACGGCAUGCCGUCCGCAGAAAUCUGGAAGGGCCUGAUGGUAAACUUCUCAAUCAACGCAGAGGAUGAAAAGUUUCUGAAGGACAACGACGUGAUUCCUUUCCUCUUCGUGCAACGUAAGGACUACGUCUACAAGUACAAUUCCCGUGUUAAGACCAUCGUACGCCCUGAGCAUGUUUAUAAU